GGGCUGUCCCGCCCCUACGCUGUUAUAAUUGUAAUCAGCCAGGUCACCUUGCGAAAGAUUGUCCGAAAUCUCGAACUCAGGGCGGGCCCGCCAGUCCUUCCCAAAUCCCGUUGGCUGCUCCAACCGGUGCAGGACAGGGGAGGGUGGCCACGGUGAUGGAUACCGGGGCAACGGAAAUGGUGACCCCUGCGGCCACCGAGAUAGGGCCCGAUGAAUACAUGGCUGCGGCGAUGUUCGAACCCGGGACCAUCGGAGUGAUACGUCACGUCCAACGGAUUACCAAGGAAAGCGACCUCGGGCCGUGGCGACCAGGGUUCGAAGACCUUGCGGCACCUGGUCCUGAAUACAAGGAUGGCCAUAUCGACGUAUUGGAUGCCUUGAAGGCUCUGGAUCUUCGGAUCCCCGUGGCAGCAGUUCAAGAAGCCCCGGCGCCGGUCACACUCACCCAGGUUCGGGCUUUUCUAGGGCUGGCAUCCUAUUACCGACGCUUCAUCAAGGGGUUCGCCAGUAUAGCGAAGCCCCUCACGAACCUGCUGAAGAAAGAGGAACAGCUGAUCUGGACACCGGAAUGCGAAGCGGCGUCUCAGGGGUUGAAGGAGGCCUUGACAUCUGCUCCUGUGUUGGCGCGUCCCGACCCGACAAGACCGUUCACACUGUACACCGACUUGCAGCCUCAGGCGAUAUCGGCGGUGCUGACUCAGCAYGGGGCGGACGGAAWGGAACACGUCAUUGAGUAUGCGUCCAAGACGCUGAGCCAGGCGCAGGCUAAUUACGAAGCGUGCAAAGGCGAAUGCCUGGCGGUGGUGUGGGGGAUUCAGCAUUUCCGACCGUAUCUUUACGGCCAGAAAUUCGUGCUGGAGCAAGAACUGCUCGAGCACUUCCAGUCGCCCAUCUCGGACGCUCUUCUCCGGAACCGGUUCAAUAAUGAUCGGCAGCUGCGCUUCGACAUUCAGCAAGUGAACGUGUCGGCUCCUAGCGUUGCUGACUUGGCGGUGUACUCGCUCCUCGCGCAGCGGGUAACGUACGCGGGCGUCUAUGUGGACAUAUCGCCCGUGCCUGGUCAGGAAUCCACUCGAGUGUUCAUCGAGUUCCGAGCCAUCCAGGUGGCUAUGAACUUUGUGCACAGCAUCGCUACUUUCACCGGGGAUUUAACCGUCUUGCCCGGGCACGAUCGGGAGCCGGCAUACAGUUUCUUGCGCGAUUACACCCUCCAGGUGGUGAGAUCGGUGGCGCGAGUGCAGGCGAGGGGCACUCAUCGCUUCACCGCAUGCGAAGGACUUCUGCAGCGGACUCCGGAGGGAGCACUUGCAUUGGUGCCGCAGCUUCCCGCGCUCCUUCCUCCCGCCGAGCCCCUCAACAUCCAAGUUCUCCCCUAUCCUAUGCGCAACUUCCCCGAGUACCUGGUGGAGUUGACGCACGUGGAGCAGUUGCCGCCCGCUGACAAGGACGCGUGGGAGCUGCAUCGGGCGCUGUAUUCGUCGGUGGUGCUGGGCAUGUUUACCUUUUUCGUGGAGCACGAAGUUCAUAACGUCAACGAGUUCCUCCACGUAUACUACGUGAUUGCCAAGCCGAAGCCGGAGCGGAAGGAGGGAACAGUGGUGCUUUACCCUUUUGGGAGGAUCGGAACGAAUCGCCCGGGGCUCUUACAACUCAUUUACAUUGAGUUGCUGUCCAUCGCGCAGGUAAUCGCCGCAGAAGAAGAAGACUUGCAGCUCAGACUCCGGACCGCCUCAGCCCCAUGCAAAGCGUAUAACGCGGCGGUAAUACCUGACUACCUGGCACGUGAGGGGGAGUCCGUGGUGGACUUCGGGCACGAAGAUAAGCCGCUGCGGCCUCCAUCAUCGUAUCCAAAGCCGGCGGGUCUGAAGGCACCGGGAAAGAGAACCGUCCCGAAGCGGCGACGAAGUCCAUCGUCGGAAGCUCAGGCCAGUCGAGUGGGGCCUGUCGAGGAGGUCGUCCAGCCUGCGCCGGUGCACGAAGUCGAUCCGGUUCGCGAGAGAAGAGCCACACUCAUCAUGGGGCCCCGACUGAGGGAGGACUGCCCCGCCGAAGAACCGCGGAGAUCCACAGGCCAUCGGGAGUCGACACCUCAGCGGCCCCGCCUCCCCGAUCUCAAUAGCCAUGCAGCCGGGCCAUCAGGCGCAGGGGGGGGAUUGGGACGAGUUCCAUAUCCCGCAUCCAGACCCUUCCUCCUUGGAGGACCAUUUCGAUUUCGCCAGCCCGCCCGGGAUACCCCGGUCAUUGACAUUAGCAGUUCCCCGAGCCGGACGGUCCAUCAAACCGACGUGGAUCACAUGGUGGAACUGGCCACCAUCCGACUUGAGGCCAUCGAGGGGGCACCGCGUCCUGAUCCGGCAUGGGAGGCGUUCUUGCAGCCUCCAUUCGACGGAUGUAUAGCGGCAAGGUUGGUGGGCACGCUCAUCUAUGAGACCGGCGGGCGGCCCAACAUUAUGUACCAUAUCCUGGUCUUCGCGGCGGUUAAGCGGGAGUGGAGGCCAUACACGGAGACCCAUCUGGUGCUGACGGGUCCGAGAAAUCGGCCGCUGCGACGACGAAUCAUUCGGGCGAUCGCYGAUCUCGCGCCMCGGGUCCUCUCACAUGUGCCGGGGGCCUUCCUCUACCCCUCCUUUGUCCAGCACCACUUCAAUGAAGUGGAMGUGCCAGCCAACUUGGCYGCGCUCGCGGCRUUUCUCCCUCCUCUYCCYCCCCCUCUCAAYCCGGAGAUUGAUUACUUCCUAUGAUCAUCUCCACCACCACCACCUCUUUCUUUUUCUUCUUCUUUUCCGGAUCUAAAGCUCGCGCGAUGAUA